AUGGCAAUCGGCGUGGCUCUCAUCGGAGGUGGAAUCUGGGCAAAGGAGGAACAUUUGGUGACUUCAAAAGACUUGGAAUUGAAAGCUAUAUACUCUCGAUCAUUCAAAUCUGCGAAGGAUGUCGCUGAGGAUGUCAAUGAGAAAGUAGAAUUGUACUCGGAAGACACCUCGCAGGGUUAUGAGGACAUUCUGAAGCGUGAGGAUGUUCAGGCAGUGAUCAUCAGCCUCCCAAUCGCCAAUCAGGUCCCUUUCAUCCGAUCUGCACUCUCUGCUGGAAAACAUGUCCUAUCCGAAAAGCCUGUUGCAGAAAAUGUGGCUGAUGCGGUCAAUCUGAUCAAAUGGUAUCAUGAGAACAAAGCAGCCAACAAAAACGUGACUUGGGGUGUAGCUGAGAACUUUCGAUACCUGAAAAGUUUCCAAUACGCGCGGCAGGAAAUCGAGAAAUUGGGGGAAAUAAUCGGAUUUCGAGUGCGUAUUUACGCUAAUAUCAAGCAGGACUGGAAGUUCUUCCAAACUUCGUGGAGAAAAAACCCUACACAUCAAGGAGGCUUCCUGCUUGACGGCGGAGUCCAUUAUACCGCUGCAUUGCGCGGCUUGCUUGGCCCAGAUGUGCAUUUUACAAGACUAGCAGCAUUCACAACUCUACUUAAAGAGCAUCUUCCGCCCGUUGAUACGAUGGACGCUAUUCUCAAAACAAAUACCGGUAUUCAGGGUACUUUCCAGUCGUCAGUAGCAACUACUUUGACUGGUCCAGAAUGGACAAUUGCCUGUGAAAAAGGUACCGUUACUGUCGUUGGGUCGGACGUGACUGUUCGUCCUGUGGAUGGGGAGGAGCUUGUUCAGACUAUCGCCGAUGAACGUACUGGUGUGCCACCAGAGAUUCGGGCUUGGGGAGAAGCUCUGGCUGCUGGACGACAGAAUCCGGAGCAGACCCCUGAAGAGGCUCUGGCGGAUUUGGAGCUGAUCGAAUUGAUGCUUCGUAGUGGUGAAAGUGAAGGCCAACCUCAGGUUUGCCAACACCAAGCUCUAGGACAGAAAUGA